AUGGGAAUUUUGGAAUGCUGGAUCGAGCAUAUCCGAUCCGGAUUCUCACCAAAGGCAAUUUCCGCUCUUGUCCUUGUCGCUAUUCUUGCUGCAUGGUCUGGCAAAAUUUUAUUCCUUCGUUUCUUUCACCCAGUCGCUAGAUUUCCUGGUCCUUUGGCAGCUUCAAGGUCUCCGCAAUGGUUAUAUGAUGUGUUGUGUACAGGACACUCGGAGGAGAUAUUCGAAGAAUUACACAAAGAGUACAAUACAAAGGCCCUCCGCAUCGCUCCCAACGAACUACAUAUCUCAGAUGUCGACCUAUAUAAAACAAUCUACAUGAAGCCAGCAACAUUCCUGAAGGACCAAGUCUUCUUUGAUGGCUUCCAGACACCUCACUCUUUUGGUGCCGAAUGUGACUGGGAAAUACACAAAGCUCACCGUCGAAUGGCAAACACCUUCUGGUCACGGCGCACUUUGCUGAAUAUCGAGCCGUUAUUACACGAGAAGACAAAUACUCUAAUCAAAAAAAUGCGAGAGAUGACUGAAAAGAAUCCUUCGAUCAAUAUUGUCAAGGCGAUCAGAUGUCUCUUCCUUGAUACUACAAUGGUCUACCUGCUCUCAUUGCCAUGGAAUACAUUGGAAGAAAAGCCUGACUCCUUCAAUGCACACACCAUUGAGUGUGCUGAUGGGAUGGAUGGAAAUAUUUGGGCUAGAAUGUAUACCCCUACUUCCAAACACAUAAAAGAGUUGAUUUUUGGCAAACCCGCGGAUGAGAGCUUUGAGGAAUUUGAUCGUGUUGUCAAGGAGGCACUGGACAAAUUUCAAGAAACAGGCAAUGUUUCAUCUCACCCUGUGCUUUUUGAAAAUCUGACAUCGACAUCUGUGCACCAACAACACAUGGAUUUGAUUGAUGGGAUUUUCGGUGGCUAUCAUCCGUUCACCACCUCUGUGACGGCCUGUGUCAAAGAAGUGUUCAGACUUUCAACCCCUAUUGCGGGUCGACUACCUCGAGUUGUACCUGAUACACCUUCCGACCCCUUGAUUGUCGAUGGAAAAAUUGUACCACCAGGGACCAUUGUGUCCGUGACCGCGUACUCUGUGAAUCUGAACGAAGAGAUUUGGGGACCAGAUGCAAAAGCCUUCAAUCCCGAUCGCUGGCUGAAGGAUGCGGAGCAGAUAUUGGAUCUUGAUCAGUAUCUUGUCACCUUUGGGAAAGGGCCUCGGAUGUGUCCUGCUCAAGGUAUGGUCUACGCACACCUAACCAUUGCGCUGGCAUAUCUUGUCAAAAGCUUCAAAAUCUCUUUUCCUCUGGAGUUCAAGGCUCCAGAUCUACAAAGUUUCUUCAUGACGAUGUAUCCGCAGGAGGGCAUGUCUCUUCAUUUUGAAGCGAUUAAACCUUGA